AGAAAAAAAUAUACAUUAAAAUAUUUUUUAUUGUGUGUUUAUAAAUCGGAGGCAAAAUGGCUAAAUUUAAACAAGAUAAAACAUUAGGCGCUAAAUUCGGAAGGCCUGAUUUAGAAAGAGCCGGUCUUUUCUCAGAAAUGCCAUACAUGCACGGUGUUAAAUACCCAUGGCCAAAACCAAACUAUGUGAAAGGUAAAAAUUUCAUAGCAGAUUCUCUCAAAAUAAAAACCGGUAGAGCAGAUUGUUAUUUCGAAAAAGAUUUUAAAAGGAUAUUUACCGGAGAAGCAAUAAAAGGAAGGGGUAGGAAGCCAAAACCACCAAGGGGGAAAAAUAUACAUAGUCGUGAUUUUAUACCAUCUGGACCUGCGAAGAAACAUGCUACGCCAGGCGACUAUUACGGCACAUUUGAGAAAGUUUCACAUUUUAGUCCACUUCUAAAAAAGAAGAUAUCACCCAAAGCAGAUCUUGGAAGAAAUUUUCUCACCAGUCCCGGAAAGAAAGGUGGCUAUGGAUACACCAAUAUUUGCCUUAAUCCAUUUCCAACAUACUCACAUAAUAAAUAUGAUAUAAAACCCAAGUAUAAAGAAUAUGGACGGGUUCUGGGUGGACCCAUGGUUACUAGCCACUAUCCUGCAGCAUUAUUCGAAAAAAACCCAUAUCCAGAUCCUCCCAAUGUAAGACCAGGAAAAGUUUAUAUAAAACCAAAAGAAAAACCAUUCCCGAUUCGUCCACCUGGAUAUAUCACCCCCACAGGUCCCGGGAAAACACUGGGUGGUUGCAAAUGUGGUGGGUUCAGUAAGUUCCCUGAGUACCGCCCCAACAAAUAUUUCACCAUUUGGGACUUGAAUAAGCCAAGUAAGCAUAAGGGAACUGCAUGGUUUCCGCAGUCGAUAGCUGAGAAAACUUUCUACACCGUUUCUGUGAUAACAGAAAAUGUUCGGUUUAGAGUAAAUGAAAGAACUUUGAAUACCAUUCAACCGACUUAUACUAAGUAUUUGGGAUAAAAUUUAUGCUGGGUGGUAUAUUAAUUUAACUUUACAAAAAAAUUUAAGUUCCAAAAUAUACAUAAUUAUUAAAAGC